AUGAACGCGACAACCUUGGCCCUCAUUCUGGCGGCUAUAAUCUCAGCAGUCACUUGGGUUGUUAGAUACCGCCUCCUCAACAUGUAUUCUCGUCUUCCGCCGGAACCGCAAAGGAAGGAGCCCGACGUCGAUAUGUUCCCGAGCGCUCACGAAGAGGGUAUCAAGUACGGUUUAGGAAGCUAUCUGGACGAAUUCUUGAGUGCUAUCAAGAUAUUCGGCUACCUUGAGCGUCCCGUGUUCCAUGAGUUGACUCGAAGUAUGCAAACUCGAAAGCUUAUCGCUGGUGAAACAUUAAACCUCGAGGAGGAACAAGGUUUCUGCCUUGUUGUUGAUGGCCUUGUGGACAUUUUUGUGAAGUCUGGCCCGAGGCCGCUGGUUGGCGAAGCGCCCAGUGCCUCCUUUUACGACUCCUCCGGCGAGGACGAUAGAUACCCCGGUCCAAGCCACCAGAGAUACCAACUCCUAACUGAGGUGCGCAAUGGUGCUCCUAUGUCAUCGCUGUUUUCAAUCAUGUCAUUGUUCACAGAGGACGUCGGACUGCGAAGUCCUGAGGAUGAUUUGGCCAAUACUAGUCCCUCGUCUGUGGAUAUUUCGCGGACUGGUUUUCGGGGACGCAGUUCGAUACCUACUCCUGAUCCGUCCGGUUCGAAAGACGUCACACCGCCCUUGCCGGACCAAGAGUCUCCAAUUGAAGGGGCAGAUGGCCUCCAGUAUUCGUCUGAAGCUAAGACGCCUAAAGUCACCCAUGUAUCCCUUGACGACGGGAGAUCUCAUGCCCCGAUCCGGCCGGCACUAAACCGACGGGCGGCUUCCGUCUCUGCACACCCCGACAUCAUCGCUCGCGCCACCGUUGAUACGACCAUUGCCAUCAUACCGGCAAGUGCCUUCCGUCGAUUAAUCAAAACUUACCCCAAGGCAACCGCCCAAAUUGUUCAUCUGAUCCUCACUCGCUUCCUGCGAGUGACGCUAGCAACUGCUUACAACUACCUUGGCCUGACUGAAGAAGUCCUACAUACGGAAAAGAGUGUGGUACGGUACACCAUGUGCCAGUUACCGAAUCCCCUUCGAGGUGAGCCGUUGGACCGUCUCAAGCAAAAAUUCGAGCGCGAGAGAGAGCGCAUCGGCGAAGACGAGCAGGACAAGGGGAUUGCCUUGCAUAACGCCACUGCGAGGCAGCGUCGCACACCGAGCAGCACCAAUUUGCGCAAAGAGGCCAUGCUCCAGUCUAUGUCUAUGCAUCGCACCUCGCUUAGCGGCAUGACCAUAUCUCCGCCACGAGAGACCCCGCCUUACCAUUCUCCAAGCCCGGGAGAUCUUCUAUCUAAUGUUCAAUUGGACCGGCACGCAGGGCGUCGGUUAUCAACUGCCACCGAUUUUCUGUCUCACCCGACACCAGAUCUUCCAAGGAAAGAGACGAAUAAGCGGAAGGAGGUGAAUGGGCAGGUCCCUCAGAGAUCUUUUGAUCCAUUUGAUGGUAAGCCACGGAGCCCGUUUAACCAUGGGCGAGAGUCCGUAGAUGAGGACAAUGUGUUCCGCGUGUCUGUGCUGGAAUGUAUGUUCAAGGCACUCGGUUUUGGUUCUGGAACGACCAGCCGGAGGGAGCCCGAAUCCUCCGAGGGUUCCCCUCGCCUGCCUUCUUUCGACCAUAAAAGCCGCAAUGUUGUUUUCAGCAGUGUAGGUGGUGGCGGCAGCAAUGCUUUCGGCUUCAUGGGUCCCUUAGACGGGUCAGCUGAUGGCGAAACCGAGUCGAUGGCAUCGACAAAUGUCGCCAUGGGCACCCCGCCAGGUGCUCAUGCCCUAGCUCUGGACAUGAAGCACGAAGUCGAGAUUGUCUUCUUCCCGAAGGGCUCCGUGCUAAUUGAGCAGGGCGAACGGAGUCCAGGGCUGUACUACGUUAUCGACGGCUUCCUCGAUAUAUGCUCAUCACACGAUGAAGGCUCGAUUGAUAUGUUCCCAGACCCCCACAGACACACGUCCGGUGGUUUCUCUGGCCCAAGUGCUGGUGAUGAAGAUACGAUCCCAUUCCCACCAUUCCCACCAGAUAACGUCGCCCAAGACAACAAGCCAAAGAAGAACGGACGCCGCAGUCGCCGGAGCGUGGCCCUCAUUAAACCAGGCGGUCUGGCCGGCUAUAUUGGCAGCGUCUCCUCGUACAGGUCGUUCAUCGAUGUAGUCGCGAAGACGGAUGUCUAUGUUGGCUUCCUUCCCCGCGCACCGCUUGAACGCAUCGUCGAUAAAUACCCCAUCGCACUCCUGACUAUGGCAAAGAGACUUACAAACCUCUUGCCCCGCCUGAUUCUCCACAUCGACUUUGCACUAGAGUGGGUGCAAGUCAACGCUGGAGAGGUGAUGUUUCGCAAGAAUGAUGAGAGUGAAGCCAUUUACAUUGUUCUCAACGGACGUUUACGUCUGGUCGAGGACAAAAAGGAAGGCGGCGUGAAAGUCCGCGACGAGUUUGGCCAGGGUGAGAGUGUGGGCGAGUUGGAGGUAUUGACUGAGUCAACGAGACCAGGGACGCUUCAUGCCAUUCGAGACGCGGAACUUGUCAAAUUCCCGCGCACACUUUUCAACAGUCUCGCGCAAGAGCAUCCUAACAUUACGAUUAAAAUUUCGAAGAUUAUUGCCUCCCGAAUGAGAACAUUGUUCGAUGAUCCAUCCAAGUUUAUUCUAAAGGAUGGCAGCGCGGCGGCGGCAGCAUCGUUCAAGGGCUCAUCGAUCGUCAAUUUGCGGACCGUUGCCAUCCUCCCCGUCACCUCGGGAGUUCCAGUGGUAGAGUUUGGAAAUAGGCUGAUGAGCGCGCUCGCCCAAGUUGGUCCUCCAAACGGUGCCACGUCCCUGAACCAAGAGGCCAUCUUGAGCCAUCUCGGCAGGCAUGCGUUUAACAAGAUGGGUAAACUGAAACUAUCUCAAUAUCUAGCUGAUCUCGAGGAGAAGUACAGCCUCGUACUAUAUGUCGCAGCGGAGGGCUCUCCAGAGAUUGGCGAGUACGAGCGCUUCAUGCUUGGCAUGAAAUCGACAGCCAGAAAGACCCUUGUGCUCUUGCAUGCUGAGAGGUACUCACCUCAGGGACUGACUAGGGCAUGGUUGAGAAACCGUGUGUGGAUCAACGGAGGACACUAUCACGUUCAAAUGCCGUUCAGACUCAAUACGGUGCCUGAGCACCCGCCCGUGAGGAAGCUGGGCAAGGCAAUCAAGGAACGAGUCCAAAUCCUGCAGGCUGAAAUUCAAAAAUACACCUCCAAGAAAAUCCGGCAUAGCUCAUACUAUUCGCUGGAGGCGCCGUAUAAGGGAGACUUCCAUCGUCUAGCGAGAAAGCUGUGCGGAAAAUCGGUCGGCCUCGUCCUUGGCGGAGGAGGUGCCAGAGGCAUUGCUCAGAUUGGUAUCAUCCGCGCCAUGGAAGAGGCUGGAAUUCCGAUCGAUAUGAUUGGCGGUACCUCGAUCGGAGCCUUUAUCGGUGCUCUGUAUGCGCGGCAUGCAGACGUCGUCCCCAUUUUCGGGCUGGCGAAGAAGUUUGCUGGGCGCAUGGCCAGCAUCUGGAGAAUGGCCCUGGAUCUAACCUACCCCUCCGUGUCUUAUACCACCGGCCACGAGUUCAACCGGGGCAUCUUCAAGACAUUUGGUAACGCGCAGAUGGAAGACUUUUGGCUUGAAUACUAUUGCAACACGACAAACAUUAGCAAAAGUCGAGCCGAGUUUCACACUAGCGGGUACGCUUGGCGAUACAUUCGCGCGUCGAUGUCUCUCGCAGGUCUAUUGCCUCCGCUGUGCGAUGAGGGCAGCAUGCUCCUCGACGGUGGGUACAUUGACAACCUCACGGUCUCACACAUGAGGGCGUUGGGUGCCGACACUAUUUUCGCCGUAGACGUCGGGUCUCUCGACGACGAUACGCCUCAGAAGUUCGGCGACUCGCUGUCUGGCAUGUGGGUUAUUCUCAACCGCUGGAAUCCGUUCUCGUCUUACCCGAACCCACCGACGCUGGCGGAAAUCCAAGCGAGACUUGCGUACGUCUCGAGUGUCGAUGCCCUGGAGCGCGCAAAGGCGAUGCCCGGAUGUCAAUAUAUGCGGCCUCCUAUCGACCCUUACGGAACACUUGACUUUGGCAAGUUUGAUGAGAUCUAUCAGACGGGGUACAAAUACGGCAAGGAGUAUUUGCAGAAGCUUAAGGAACAGGGCGUGUUGCCGCUGGUGGAGGAGACGGAGGCCAAGAAGGCGCUGAGGAGGACAAUGGCUCCACGGAGAGCUAGUAUUUGA